AUGUCGUCAAUCAUCGAGGAGGAAGUCUCUGAAGAUAUUGGGUUUAAGCUAGAUCCAACAGAGCACAAGCUUUAUGACCAGCUUGAACUCCUGCUGCCCGAGCUAGAGGGUAAAACUUUGAAUCUACUAGCCAUCAACAAUCAACUUCGAGUUUUGGCCACAUCCAACUACAAGACGUUACAAUUCACCUCACUAGACAAUUUCAGCGACAUAAACAGAGUUCCUGCAGAUUUCAAAAUUACUGAAUUGUAUUUCAUCGACUCUGUAUUGUACAUCUUGAAUGAUCAAACCAUACAAACUUUGACUAUUAGCCAGAUUCAGAACAAGGACUAUGCAUUCAAAAAGAUAGAAAGAAAGUUUCAAACCAUAUUGCCCUUGAACAGGUCCCAGUAUCUUGGGUUGACUGAAGAUUCUCUGCUUUACCACAAUGAGAAGCAGCUUGCCACUGGAGUUACAGCAUUUGCCUGGAAGGACCAUAAACCUAUAUAUGCCGUGAAAGAUGCACCGUUGAAGCUAAUGUGCACGGGCAACGGUAUCGAUAACGGUAUCAAUGUUGAAAUAGAGGAGCCUGAAAGCAUCGAAGGCUAUGAAAUUGUAUCCAUAAUUCCAGAAGGAGACUAUAUUCUUCUAGCUUACGACCAACUGGAUGCAGAGGAAUUCCACGACAUCAAGACAUUUUUGCUCAAGCAAAGCGAGGAGGAAAAGAAAAAUGACACAUAUAAAGCAUUCAUCAUAGAUAUCGCCCCUGCAUUUGGCUCAGCACCGCGCGUGCCUACAUUUUACACCAGCGCUAUCAAAAACUGGAUUCAGUCAAAUUAUUUUUCAAUCGUCACAUCAUCAUUGUCGACAGAUAUCGGAGUACUUGACCUAAAUUCCUCGCUAGAGGAAGCACAGACUAUUGCGCCCGCCGAAGAUUCCAACAGAGCACAAUUUCCCAUGAGCGACGAAGGAGAGGAUAUUUCGCCAUUGGGCAUGUGCAUAUCGUUGAACGAGGUGGAGACAAAAGUAGACGAGCCCUGUUUGGGGGUGGAAGAGGCCGUGGGCGUUUUGCCUAAGUUGUAUUGUCUAUUGGACAAUGGAGCGUUGAGGUCGUGGUGGAUAUUUCACAAGCUGGGCAUCCUCGAGAACAAAUUGUCCUUAAAGAACGCAUUGGAGGCAUUUGAAAAAGAGGAGAAAACGUUGCAAGGAUACGGGGUGACGAAUACGACUGACUCGGUUGAGAAGAAGGAGGAAAAGGAGGAGGAAAAAAUAGCGACAAAAGAGGCUCCCACUUUGGAAAAGAACCCAUUCCAGACUGCUAGCAAUCCAUUUGGAUCCUCAACGUCCGAUGCAUUCAAAUUUGCGACUAAAAAUGAUGCACCGGCCAACGCAGCCCCUGAUUUUGGCGGGUUUGGCUCCUCGAAUAUCCAAACGAAACCUGCCGCCGCGUUUGGCUCAACUAGUUUUGGUUCCAAUAGCCAGGCAAAGCCAGCUUUUGGCUCUACAGGCUUUGGUAGCAAGACCGCGUCUACCGGCGGCGGUUUUGGCCAAAGUGGAUUUGGUGCUGGAGCAACUUCUACAGCAGGUGGGUUUGGCAGUUCGCUGUUUGGCAGUUCUGGAUUUGGCAGUUCUGGAUUUGGCAGCUCGGGAUUCGGUAACACUGGGUUUGGUGGACAACAGCAACAACAAAAGCAAGAUCAAGGUGUGUCGGGCAAAGAGCUGAGUUUAUCUUCUGGUUUUGCAAAAUUUGGAAAUGGUAAAAAUACUGCAUCGUUUGGAAGUGCCCAAGGCCAAUCCAUCUUUGAUGCAAAACCCAACACCACGUCGCCGUCGCCGUCGCUGUCGCCCUUUGCCAAUCUUGAAUCCAGCAAAAGUGGGAGUUUGUUUGCGACCUCUUCAACAAAGACAAACGAGAACAAGUCAUCCUCCCCCUUUGCCAACUUGGGUUCCAGUUCCACCGGAGUCAAAGCUGAUCAACCCUCGAUUUUUGCAAGUUCCACCAACAAGACUUCCUCCCCAUUUGCCAAUUUAGACACAACUACGACUAGUACCAAAGCAAAAGCAAAAACAGAGCCACAGUCCACUUUUGGUGGAAAUCUCUCACCAUUUUCUUUUGAGAAGCCAGCGGAUGCACCCAAGCCGAGAACUGAGUCGCCGUUUGAUUUUUUGAAAAAGGACAAGGCGAAGGUUUCUGACCAAGCAAUGACCAAAGCGACUCCAAUUGCAGAAUCUGUCGAGUCCUUGAGGGCAUCCUCGCCAGCCCCAAAAGCAGUUCCAAAAGCAACAGCUCCGGCAGCUUUUCCUGAAAACCUGCCUUCAGCUAAAAGCCAUGACCUCCAGUCGCAAUCUUUAGACAAGGCACUUGGCUCAAAGUCGUCACUUGAGCAAGAAGAGAAGAAAAAUUUAUCGGCCCCGGCAGUUAGCGCACCCGCAAUGGACAAAAAAUCCAAAGAGAAAGUUGAAAACUCUCAGCAAAAGUCGACGAGUGUGCCACCGCAAAAGGCGAUAGAAAAGGAAACAGUUUCAAAGGGAGACGAUGCAAAAGCAAAUAAGACAAACGGACCAACCCCUACUGAAGAAGAAGAAGAAGAAGAUGAUGGCAAUAUCGCUGGUAAAAACAGUAAAGAGGGUAAUGAUAAAAUAGAUUCCUCAGUCCAACCACUUGAAUUUGCUGUGUACGAUGGCAUCAACAAAACCAAGGACAAACCAUCAAAGUCUAUAAGGGACACCAUAAUUGACAUCGUCGAAGAUACAGAAGGAAAUUUGCAGGUGCUAGACAAAAACAUGCAACUGCUCGCAAGGUUUGUAGAUGCUCAUGGAUCACCGGGUCAAAGCUGGCACACAGUAUCCGAAGUUGCAAACUUGAAAUACAGCCAGUACAACUAUGCAGGAAAACUAUCACAUUUGAAAGAACAGCUUACAAAGCUAGAAGAGUUGAAGGCAGCAGUGCAAGAAUCGCAAGCUGGCAGAAUCAAGUUGGACCAGAUGUUUACGCAGUUAGUUCUUCUUGAAAAGGGAGCGUUGAAAAACUUGUCGGUGCUCAAAAACAGACCGCUUGAAAUCAAAGACGAGCUCAUGCAGAGAAAGUUACGAGAAAAAUUGGCAAAGACGAGAGAAUUGGAGGACAAGUUGCUUGCAGUUUUGAUGCCCGUUAAAGCUAGAAACUCGUUAAACGCGUCCACCGUUGCAAACAUUGGCAAAGUCUUGUACCAAUUGAGCGAACAAAUUGCGGAAAAGAAGAAAUCCGUCGAUGAAUUGGUUGCAAAAUUCGAUGCAUUGCAAGUUGAAAAAGCUAAUAGCGAUGACGAGAACCGUGUCAUAUUGGGGAAAACGACCCCCAUCAAGAGUGCAAAGUUGGAUUUGAGAAGAAAGUUGAGGCAACUGGGCUUCACCAAGCUGAUAACGUUGUCAAAAAUUGCAUAG